CAUAAUCUCAGUUGAACUCGUCAGGUAUAUGAGCCAGGCCACCUGAUUUCUAUAUAAGAAACACCGUCACGCAUCGUGCAUUCAGUUUCUUACCAUUCAAAUAUACACACCGGAGCAAAAUCUAAGAAGCAUUAUUUAAAUAUUCAUUUUUGUUAUUUUUUUUUUAUUAAUUAUAGAUAAAAUGCAAAAGUUAUUCAUCCUUUGCGUUUUAAUAAUAGGAGAAUGUUUGGCGGCGCCACAAUUUAUAGUCGAUCACUCAUCGGCUUUAUAUCGUCAUCCUGCGGUUAUUGUUAAUUCCGAAAUGGAAGAUGCUUUGCCAAAUGAAUUGAGGAAUGACUUUUACAAAAAUCCUCUUGUUGCUGCUGACCUAGCGAAAGAAUCUUUGCUUACGGAAAAAGAGAUGCAGGUGGUGAAUCGUGAUGCGGAUGAUAUUCCCAGAGAACGAGUUUACAGUAUUCUUCAUAAUGCUGGUUUUGUUAGUAGAUAAUAAAUAAUCAUAUGAUAAAAAUAAAAAUUCCAAUAUUUCCACAAAUCCAUUAAUCGUCAAUAAUCAUGUUUAAAGCCAUAUAUUUAUUUUGCAUUACCAUAUUAUUUUGUAAUUAAAAAUUGUCUAUAGCAAUUUUUAUGCCAUAUAUAUAUUCAUAAAUAUUUUAUAAGAAAUAGACGUUUUUUUCUACAUAAAAAAUAGACGAGAAAAAGUAAAAUUUUUUCUCAGGAUUUUAAAUAUAAAAAAAAAUUUGUAAAUAAAUUUUUUUUAUAA